AUGGAUGCCAUCACCCAAGCUAUCUUGAACCGCUCCAAGCUGGAGGUGGAGCUGAUCAAGAUCUCCCAGCCGACGGAGGAUUCCUUCGUCAUGACCAUCGAGAGCAAGGUUACGGGUACUGGACCGAUGGGCGCCACCAUGCAGCCCAUGACCGUCGACAUGAUGUACAACGGCGGCGUCUUUGGCAAGCUGGACCUGCCCGAGGUCAAGACCAAGUCAAGCGGCACGCUAGUUGUUGUCACAGACCAGACUAUCAAGAUCAUCGACCGCAACGCUUUCAUGGCCUUCGUCAAGGCCAUCAUGUGCGACGAUGAGUUGAUCCUGAGACUCGACAACGGUGACUGCACGAUCAAGGCGCUUGGUCUGUCAGCAAAGGUCAAGUACGCCAAGGACGUGCACAUCGUGGGUAUGAAGGGUCCCAAGAUCGCCCAGGUCAACUCAUCGCCUCGCGGCAGCGGAUUCGCCAACACGAUGAAGGUCUACAACCCUAGCCCGCUCGAGAUUGACCACGGCAUUAGCAUUUUCGAGCUGCGCAACCAGGGCAGCGGCGAGGUUCUGGCAGAGCUGAAGGGAGACCUGAAAAUUGUCCGGGGCGAGUUCGAAGUUACAAUGGAGGGCACCCUGAGGAAGGGGACCAAGCCAUCCGACAAGGCGGUGAUGGUUGGUCUCGGCACACAGGAGAAGAACUGGUGCGAUGAGACGAUCAAGAACAUCAACUGCCCGUUCUCGAUAACCCCGCAAUUCUCUCAGAUGCUUCAGUAG